CUCAUGGGUUUUAUGUCGCAAGCAGCCGUAUCUGAGGACGUGCAGCCCUGCCAUAAAGUGCAAAUGUUUACUCUCUUCUUCUUAUCCCUCCUGGACAUUUCCUCCUCCUAACCUCUUCAGUCCAACAGCUUUUUGCUUUGUCUGAAGCUCAGGGAUCUUUAUCUAAAUAGGCACACGGACUUAAUCAUUAAAAAGAGGUUUUAACUCAAGGCUCAGUCGCUAAUUAAACUGCAUAAGAAUGAAAGUGAGGAGCUGGCUGGAUGGAUCAUAAAUGGUUAGCUAGCAGGAGCAGUCGCUGGAAUCUCACACAAGGAACAAGGGUCAGUGCUGUGCUGACUGAGCAGGUGAAGGGGUUCACCUCAGAGCGGAGGACAGAGUCAAAUGGAUUUAACAGCUGAAGAUCCACCAGCUGACAGCUAUUUGUUGACAGUUCACAUUGUUGAGAGUCAGCUGAGUGGAUGUGGAAACCUUUAGCUUCUGGUGUGUCUGUGAGGCUGGAAAUGCAGCCUGUGAGUGUACCGGAGCGGCCGCUUCAAGAUGGAAAUGUUCAACCAGGAGGUGCCCUGGCUCUGCGUGAUGAGACAGUGAAGUAUGGACUGUGUUGCAGCUGUUUCUCAGCAGUCAUAAAGCUCUUAACCCCACAGCACAAAUGUGUACAUUUUUACUAAACUUUCUGUAAGCUCCACUCUCAAUUAACUCAAUCUCAACCCGUAUGUCAUGAGUGCAUGUAACUUUCAAUUUCCUUACCAAUACUUCACGCUACACUUACUAUAUGCAUCACAAUGGUACGUACCAUUCUAUGACUCCCCUUGAAUUGACUGUACAAACCACAAAGGAACUACAAGACACACCUGAGUAGCUGCUCCUCUCUACAACCAACCCAGAAACCUACAGUAUCCAUAUGGGUCAAGCCCCAGAACUGUGGAGGAGGACAAUGGAGAAGACCUGUGGACCUUCUUUCUUCCUGCUGUGGCUGACGGCGCUGACAGUGCUGGCAGGAAAUUCAACUGUCGCUGCGAAAGAUGAGAGCCAACUGGUGGUGAACCAGACUGGGAUGAAUCUGCAAGUCAUCCCUGGUAACGACAACAUGACCGCCGUUACCACAUUAGACAUGAGCGGGAACAUGAUCACGCUGAACGAGAUGGACCGGAAAUCCCUGGAAACCUAUCCUUCACUGGAGAAGCUGUACUUAGACAACAACAUGGUCACUUCUGUAGCAGCUGAGUGCUUCUCCAAGCUCCCGAACCUCCGGCUGCUGUCUCUGUCCAGGAACAACAUCAGCAGCUUGAACUCGGAAGCUUUUUCUGGCCUGAAUGCUCUGACAGAGCUGGAUCUGUCCCACAACCAGCUGACGGAACUCCCCUUAAAGCUGACGGCGAGCCUCAACAAGCUACAGGUGAUUCACCUCCAAGGCAACCCCUGGAACUGCUCCUGCUCACUGCUAAGCACCAUGGGAAAGAUGACAGCCGUCAUUGGAGCUCCGAACAUCCUCUGCGCAUCUCCAGCAGAGCAGGCUCGAAGAAGCAUCCUGGAGGCUACAGCUUCGUGUUCCACACUUCCACCAGUCACUUCCUCAACGAGCCCACAAAAAACCACCAUCCCCUCCCAGCAGCCUCCUCGGUCGACCGUAGGGCUUCAAAGCACAGCCAAUCAGAACACCAGGAACAGCACCGACCGGCCGCCUGUGGGCGGGAACACGUGGAAGUUCACAGCGAGCGUGGGGGUCCUGGCGUUGACCACCUCCGUGCUGAUCGUAACUGCGGUCAAAGGACCUUCCUGGUACAAAAGCUUCUACAACUACCGCCAUCGGCAGCUGCGGGAUGAAGACGAGGAGGAGGAGGACAGAGACAACGCGUCAACGGUUUUCUCCGUGACAGGAGACCACCAAACCCAUCAGACGUUCACCUUUGAGGAGGAGCACAACCAGAUACAAGAGGAGGAGGAGGACGGGUUCUUUGAGGAUCCAUACAUCAAGAGGGAAGAUCCAGAACCAUAAGGAAGACGGGAAGUCGGAGAUUUAUUGCUAGAACUCUCUUUUUAUGUUUUUGACCACUAUUUGUGUGUCGAUGAGCUACGCAACCUGAGCGUGUCUAAGUACUGCCUGUAACUACUGGUCUACUCAAAUACAAACCAAAGCUGGGAGUCUGACAACAGCCAGUCA